AGGAUGAAGAGACAUGCUCAAUAAUAGAAAGAAGAAAAGACCAAGACAGAAAGAGGGAGGAGAGAAAAACAAAGGUCCUCAAAAUGCUUUCCAAACUACAGGAUGACACAGUUCAGCAGUCAAAAAGCAGCAGAGGUCACUCAAACUUUGAAGACUUUGAUUUUUUGGCAAAAUAUUGCAUUUUUAAUCAGGAGAAGCUGGCUGAGUACAAAAGAGCUUUUGAAGAAGAGGACAGUGAUGGGGAUGGAUAUAUUUCUUGUCUUCAAGUUCUGUGUGCAUUGAAAAGCAUUAUCCCCCCUGAGCUGCUGUCUGAGGAGGAAGAGAUCUAUGUCUGCAGGAUUCUGGAGAUGGUGGACUUCAGGGUCACUGAUGGGCUUGUGGACCUCAGGCUGUUUGCAGUUAUAGCCAGUCUGGCCCAAAAGAUCGCUACUAUGGAUGACUUUAUGCGCUCCUUAAUCAGCAGUAUAGACUUUCGCUCUUUGGAAGUGAAGCUUUUCAAGGCAAAGAAGCUGUUCCUAUUCCUUCUAGAGGAGCAGACUGGUGACGGGACAUCCCAACAGAAGUAUAUCAGCCCAGAACAACUGAUUCUGGAGUUAAAGGCUGGAGGCAUCUGUUUAGAGCAUGAGGCAAACAUCAGAAUGGAGAUCCAGCACAUUCCCCCCUUAGAUCUGUUGGACUUUCUGGCCUAUCUGCCUCUGUUCAUGCUGAUUCACAGGUCUGUCAUUGCCAACCCAUUAGAAGACUUCUGCAACUUAUGACACUUCUCCACUACUGCUUUUAACUACUUUUGUGCUGCAGCUCACAAUGCAACUGCAUCUCUAACAAAUUUGUUGUUUAACAAUGUCUCUGAGGUAACUAAAUACAACAACUAAAACACUGUUGGGCUUUCAGAGGUGCUGACUGCACUAGAUCUUAAGAGCUGUCUAUGGUCCUGAAAUUACUUUAUGAAUGUAACAUGGAGGUGUUUGUAUAAA